AGGUAUAAUCAGAGUCUCCUCCAUUUGCAGACCCUUCUCACUCUCUCACUCCUUCGUCCUUUCCUUUUCUCUCCUGGUUUCAUCGCCCCCCUCUCUCUUUCUCUCUCUCUGCUUUCUGCUUUAUAAAUAAUCACAGACGCAUGAUCUCUUACCAGACGAAUAGCUAGCGUCUUCAACAAGGUUUUGGAACUUCAGAGCUAGGGAUUCGGAUUCUAGAAUCGCUCUGGUCUCUUUAUUUUCUGCAGAUCGAGAGAAUAUCAAUGGGCAGUUGUGGAAGGGAAGGAUCGGUGAGGCAGUAUAUCCGAUCGAAGGUCCCUCGUCUGAGAUGGACGCCUGAACUUCAUCGCUGCUUUGUUCGUGCCAUUGACACCCUUGGAGGUCAUCACAAGGCGACGCCUAAGCUUGUUCUUCAGAUGAUGGAUGUCAAAGGUCUUACUAUUUCACACGUGAAGAGCCAUCUCCAGAUGUACAGAAGCAUGAGAAGUAAUUUGGGUAGACAAGAUGGGAGUUCGAGCUACCAUAGAAAACAAUCUUUUGAGGAACAUGAUGAUGGGUGCGUUGAUGAAGUGAAUGAUGCAGAUGGUGGUAGAGGGAUUAUUCAACAUUGUUCGAAAUCCAUGAGGAAAGAAUCAGAUUCCCCCAGGAGCCACAGUGAUUUCUCACCUAAAAGAGCGAGAAUGGAGACGAGGAGUUGCAUAGCAGUGGCAGAGAGGCAAAGAACAUGUGAAGCAGCAACAGUGACGAAUCCGUACAGCUUUUAUGAUUAUGUGCAGGCAACGGGUGAGCGCAAGGGAAUAAAGGAGGCUUCUUCUUCUUCCUCUUCUGCUGCUGCAGCAAUAUCAAUAUGGCAGGCUCAACCCUUCUCUCAUCUGCCACAUUUUCCUAACCUCACUUCUUUCCACCAACAAUCUGAUUUUCUUCAGGGUACCGAAUUGGUUAGCAGAAAUGUGGGCUCAGCCGCAGGGAAUAAAGAUGCAGAAGAAGAGAUGGAGGGGGGAGAGGGUGUGAGCUGUCACUCUCUCUCUCAUUGCCAAAUCAAUCGUCAAAGAGAAGCAAUACAAUUACUAACAACGCUUCUUCGGCCAGUGAGAUUAGUGAAGCCGUCUCAUUCAUCUCUUGUUCCUCCUCUGGCAAAGAUACAAUUAACCUAGACUUGUCUGUGGCCCUCUCUGGCAGUUGAUCUUGUCCAUUAACUUGAACUAUAAAAUCUUGUGCUUUCUCUGGGGCUCAGCCUGAUUAUUCUCCCCAUCAUCCCUCUCUCUGCCUCUCUCCCGACUUGUCUCUCACCACAGGCCAAUCUUGCUAACUCUUUCCCUGCCACUUUUCUUUUGUAUAUAAUUAAUCUAAUAGUCGUAUUUUAGGAUUAUCGGGCCUAAUAUAAAAUGAUUCUUUCAAUUUUAA